AUGAAGAUUUUCCAGCGUCUACUAACUGGUGGGGCUUUGCUGUCCUCGCUUGUAUCGGCACUCUCUGUCACUUCAACUAACUCCUGGAAUAUCACGAACGACGUUGAGGGAUCUGUCCGACUCAAUGGUCUCGCUUUCCAGCAAACCGGCCUAACAACUUUCGGGGAUUAUCAAUACGUCGCAUUUUAUAAGACGGCCAGCGGCUAUGGCAAGCAUCAUGUUAACCUCGGACGUCGUCGCGUUUCACCAUCGAUCGGUGAGUGGCAGUACUUUGCCUUCACCGACUACGUGCAACAAACCCUCGAUGAACACAACACCAUCAGCAUGGGCAUCAGCGGCGAUGGCAAAAUACACCUGAGCUUUGAUCAUCAUGAUGUACCACUCAAUUACCGCGUGAGUACUACAGGCAUCGCAAAAUCGGUCCCUGCGACAUGGAGCGCGAGCGCAUUUGGCGCAGUCCAACACAGUUUGCCAGGCUCUGUUGGGCCAUGGACGCCACUUACCUACCCACGUUUCGAACGAAUUGACAACGGUGAUUUGCUUAUGGAGUUUCGCAUUGGUCAGUCUGGCGCCGGCGAUUCCUGGAUUCAUCGCUACUCUUCUACCUCUGGACAAUGGAGUCAAGUCGGCAAAUACCUUCAAGGCGAGGACAAUAAUGCGUACAUCAAUGGCUUUACGAACUCGGCAGGAAAGUUGUUCGCCUCGUGGACGGUACGAGAAACGCCUGACGCGAGUACGAACCACGACUUCUACUUCGCGUUAUCAGAAGAUGCAGGCAGAACUUGGAAGCAGACGAAUGGCCAAACAGUCGCACUUCCAAUCAAGCCUUCUACAGCCGGUAUCAAAGUUUACACAAUACCUCAGAAUAGCCAGAUCAUAAACCAAGAAGCGCAGUGUGCGGAUGAGAAAGGCCGAUUCCAUGCUUUGAUGCGCGAUAAUUCAUCUGGAACUGCACGUUUCUACCACUAUCUCCGGACUGCAGAUGGAAAAUUUACCAAGACCGCCAUCAAUGCACCUGGUCUUUCCACACCACCAUACUUGGCCUACCGAGGCAAAAUAGCGGCAACAGGCGACAACUUGAUAGCGAUUUUGCCGGACCAGCCCAAGCAGACUGUUCAAUUAUGGGGGGCGACGGCGGGCGGAGGGUACACGAACUGGAAGAAGCUAGGAGAGAUUGCGAACAUGGCUGGUGAGCCACUUGUAGACGAGGAGAGACUGAAGAAGAAUGGCGUGUUAAGUGUCUUUGUCCGACAAGGAGGGCCGUUUGGGACACGGAAGGUUCAGGUCUGGGAUUUUGGCCUUGCUUUGUGA